AUGGACGAAUGCAGUUCAGAAAUAGGUUCCUCCUCCAAUGGUGCUUCAGGGCAUUCUCCUGGCACGUUAACGGAAGCAUCGCCACAAAAAGGCCCUGCGACCGAUGAUGACUGCACCUCAUUACAAUCACUUUAUGAAAAAUAUAGCACUCAACAGAAGGAAAUAGAACGGUUAGAAGAACAAAAUUCCGAAUAUCGUGAAAAGCUAUUGAGAACAAUACGUGAACGUGAUUUGAAUGAAGAACUUCUUCGUAAUGUACGUGAAACGCAAAAGAAGGAGAUGUCAGAAUUUGAAAAACGUAUACGUGAUUAUGAAAUACAGUUGAAAGCAGUACAGGAGCGAGCUGCUGCUCAGGAAGCUCACUACAAUGUGACUAUGAAGGAUCUUUCGCAAAAGUACAAUACUUCAGUAGCUCAAUUAACCAAGAAAGCAGAUAUCGCCGAAAAAGAAAAGAAUGAUGCAGUAAUAAAGUAUGCAACAAGGGAAGCAGAAAUAAUGAGGAUACGAAAUGAGAUUCAGAAGAAAGAGCAAGAACUGGUCGAGUGUCAUAAGGCGAAGGAAGAACUGCAACACAGUCAAGGCCAAGAAAACAUUGAGCAAUUGGAGAAAUCAAAUAAUAAUUUACGGGUUGAGCUAGAACAGGUCAAGCACGAAAAGUUCGAUUUGGAAAAUAAAUUGAAAAUGGCAGAGAAACGAGCAGAGGCCUGCAAUACCACUGCGACUGAACUGAAACAACAAAAUGAUGUGCUUAGGAAACAACUUAUUCAGAUGAAGGAGGAGAAAAGCCAAUUUCAAGAAGAAAAUCGUCAAUUGUCUUUAAAGAUACAGAUCCUAGAAUCGCGUCGAAUGCAUGAAUCAGAAGAGCUGAGCCGCUCUCAACAAGACUUAGAGCAGAAGCUAACCGAAGCUAACUCUCACUGUGCUCGCCUCACUGAUGCAAAUCGCGAAAUGAACACGAAGCUCGAAGAAGUGACACGUGAAAACCUUGACCUCAUGAACAAAUUGCAAGAUCUCGAAGAUAAACUGUCACUGGAGGAAGAGGCUCAUGCGGCAGCAUCGAUCGAAAUUACACGGUUACAGGACAUUGAAAAUCAGGUUCAAAGCAGCCGAAAACAGGCCCAACGAGCGAAAGAAGCCGAGGAACAAGCAGAAAAAGAACGAGAGGUUGCUGAAAAUGAAGCUGAAGAAUGUCGUCAACAAGCUGAAAGAAUGCUGGCCAUUACUGAGCAGCUCACAGAGCGAAAUAGCCAACUAGCUGGAGAAGUAGCCGCUGAACGUGAAAAGACGGUCUCCCGAGAUGAGGACAGUGCUCAGUCAGCGCAAGCUUCAGCAGAAACUAAUGCUAUUCAACAAGUUAUGAUCGAUAAGAUUAUCGUAUUACAAAAGAAGUUAGCGCGAAGAAAUGAUAAGAUCGAGUUUUUGGAAGAACAUGUACGGCAUUGUUUAGAGGAAUUACAGAAGAAAACAAAGAUAAUCCAGCAUUAUGCGUUGCGUGAAGAAGCCUCUUUAUUACUUCCCUCUGAUGGAUCUCUGGACAAGGUGCGUAAUUUUCUUACCUUCACUUUUUUUCACGGUAAGUUAAGAUUGGUUGUGGUGUCUAUGUGGAAUUCAUUUCUCAGUUCCACCUCUGUUAAACAGUUCACUAUCGAUUUGUUGCUGAUUUUGUACUGUGCAGCCUAUCAACUUCAGUUAAAAGCAGUAAAUAGAUUGAAUGCUAUACAAAUAAGGAAAUUAACUAGUGAGCCACACGGUCAUAGCCCUGUCCAAGCCUACCCACUGCUUUUAAUUGAAACUACUUCUGCCACAAUGUUUCUACCAAACUACAUGAAUUCGCUAGCCAUUGUUUUGUUGUUACAGGUCCCGUUAUCGCGGAAGGGAGCUUCCUACUCGUUGAUGGGAUCGAUUUUUACUGCAGGCAGUGAGAAGAGAUCUUUACAAUUGGCUACCGAAGUGAACUCUCGACUACAAGCUGUACUGGAAGAUGUGAUGAUCAAGAAUAUCACUCUCAAGAGCUCGGUGGAUUCGCUUAGUAACGAGGUAUCACGAUUAUCCCGAGAAAAUCGCCAACUCACAUUAGCACACAGUCGAUGUGCUGAACAACGGCCAUAG